AUGAAAGAACAUGAGGAUGAUGUGUUGCCUACCGUCAAGGAAUCUACUACGACUGUCGAUUCUACUACAGCUGAUGAAACUGUAACCAUGAGAGGGAAAAUUGAGGGGCUUUUCGGUGAGAGAGACGAGGGAGAGGAUAUGGUCGUGGAUGUUGUGGGAGCCGAUGUGGUUGUUGAUGAUCGUGGGGGUACAAGGGCUGAUUUGGAAGGUAAGGUGGGUAUUAAUGGCUUGAUGGAAGAGGGUUCUAAGAGAGAAAUUCAGUCUAGUGAUAUGGAUGUGGACCAAGUUGAUGUAGUUGAAGAAGUUAGAGUUGUGACUUUAGAGAAAGUUGAGGUAGUGGUGAAUGAUGAGGGUGUGAAGACAAGUGUAGAGGUCAGUAAAGAGGUUAUUCAGGAGAAUGUGGUGACUACUGCUGUGAGUGCGUUGGAUUGUGAUGCUCAGAAGUCAAGUGAAGAGCCUGAAACUGGUGGAGGUGAAACCACAUUGAGGGAUAAUAAUAGAGAUUCUACCAAAGAGAUUGUGGAUAAGGCAACUGGAAAAGAAUCUGAUGUUUCAAAUUCCUUAAAUUUUCCAGAGUCAUUCACUACAACAGGGCAUCCUGGUUCUAGAGAUGCUCAUGUGGCAGCUGUAAAGGAGGGGUUAUUUGGUAAAGAUGAAGGUGAAGAUGGUGUUGAUAGUCAAGUUUCAUCAACAGAGGCUGUCAAUGCAGGAACCAGUGCAGCUAAUUCCCAUGUAAGCCCUAAAAUCUUGGAGCAGCAAUCUGGAGAUGAUGAAACAAGGAAAGAUAUUUUGCAGCCAACAAUUGAAGUUGCAACAAAUGAUGUUCAAGAUUCUGGAAAUGGAACUCAGGCAGGAGAUUCUAAUGCAGCUCUUCAGUCACUGGGAAGAGAGGCUCAACUUGCUGGGGGAGAGGGUGAAGUAGAAAGAGGUUUAGCAGUGGAGACAGUGGAACAGGGUAUGGAAUCUGCUCAAGAAGUGGCUGAUAAGUUUUUAGAUUCAACAAAGAUUCAGGAUUCAGCAACUAAAGUUGAUGGGUUGGUUGUAGAGGAGGGUUUAGCUGGAAAAGGUGAAGCUCAAGAUGGUGUCUCUAAGGAUCCAAGCUUAGAAUCCACUGAUAUUCCUAAUGUACAGGAGGGUUUAACAGAGAAACAGGCUACAGAGUCUGUUCAAGAAGUUGCUGAUGUAGAUUCCACAAAGAUUCCGGAGUCGGUUUCCAAUGUUGAUAAGAUGAUUGUAGAAGAUGUUUUAGAUGGAAAAGAUAAAGCUCAAGAUGUUAUUUUGAGUGGUGGAGUCGAUGCAAAUACAGGUGAAGGCAGUGUCCAUGAAAAUGCUGGAAUUCUUGACCAGAAAUCUGAAGUUCAAAUGAGCAAAGUAGAGACUUCACAUUCAACAACAGAAGUUAGAAUAGAUAAUGAUCAAAAGUCUGGAAUUGAUACAACAGAUAAACAAGAAGAACCGGAAAGAGGUGUGGAACAACCAAUGAGUUCCAUUCAAGAAGUGGCUGAUAAAGAUCAUGUGAUGGAUGAAAAGACUGAAAAAGAGGUUGAAGUUUUAGAGUUAUCAAAGGUUCAAGAGUCCUCCACCAUGGUAGUAGACAUGGUGGUUGACCAGAAAACUGAAGUUGACCCAACACCUAAAGAUGAGAGUUUGCACACAACGAUAGAAGUUAUGACAGCUGAGGCAUCUCAUAAAAGUUUAAAUGUAGCCAAUGAAGUGACAACUGCUCAAAAUUUACCAAAUCCCGAAGUGCAAGUUUCCAGUGUAGGUGGGAUUUUGGUUGAAAACCAGAUCUUGAAUGUUGAUACUGAAAUGAAAGUAUCUUCCCAAACUUCUGUGGAAACUUUUGAGGAAGUCAACCAUGCAACAAGUCAUGCAGAUUAUGGAGAGGAUGCAGGGAUGGACAUUGAUGAAGUACUUGGAUGGAAAGAUGAAAUCCCAGGAAUUGAUUCCUUACAUGGUCAAGAAAAAGAUCAAGAUUUCAAGAUUCAUACAGACCCAGAAGCUAAUUUUGAACAUGGACUUUCAAAACCUUUAGUCUAUGAACGCCGUGUGCAGGUAAAUGAUGAUGUUGAAGAACAUACAGAUUUCUGCAGACAACAAGAAACAGAAACACCAGAAGUAGAACAGUCAACAUUGACCGAUGAUGUCAGCAAUGAAACUUCUGUUUCUUUCCAUCAAUCAUGUUAUUUCCACCCACCAGAAAACGAAGGUGAGUUCUCUGCUUCUGAUUUAGUCUGGGGUAAAGUCAGAAGUCAUCCAUGGUGGCCUGGUCAAAUCUUUGACCCAUCUGAUGCAUCCGAUAAAGCCAUGAAAUAUCAUAAAAAAGAUCGAUUUUUAGUCGGGUAUUUUGGAGAUCGAACAUUCGCGUGGAACGAUUCAACAGUCUUGAAACCAUUUCGUGCAAAAUUUUCCCAAAUUGAAAAACAGACAAAUUCAGAAGCUUUCAACAAUGCCCUCCACUGUGCUUUGGAAGAAGUCUCCAGAAGGGUAGAAUUGGGACUUGCAUGUUCAUGCACACCUCAAGACAUCUACAAGAAAAUCGAAUGUCAGAUUGUCGAGAACGCGGGAAUCAAGAAAGAAUCAAGUAAAAGACACGGUAUGGACAAAACUGCCCUUGUGACCUCAUUUGAGCCUGAUAAACUUAUCGACUACGUGAGACUACUCGCAAAGUCUCCAUAUGAUGAAAAUGACAAAAUGGACCUUGUAAUGGCUAAAGCUCAGUUGUUAUCAUGUGCACGUUACAAAGGGUAUCGCCAGCUGUCCGAGUUUCAGUUCUGUGGAACUUUAUUAGAAGAUUCUUCUGGAUUGACCCAAGGGGUUGACCAAGUCAUCAAGAAAGAGAGAAUCUUCUCAGAUUUAAAAGUAGAUCCAACAUACUACCCCGGAAACAGCGAAGAAGGUUCUAGAAAACGAAAGGCUUCCGAUUCCAACUCCAAUUCCAAUUCCAAUUCCGAUGUUUCGGUUCCAGAGAAACGACCAACUCUGGAAACAGUAACUCCAAGCCCUAAACCCUCUUUCAAAGUUGGCGAACUCAUUCAAAGAGUAGCAAACCAACUGAGUGACAAAAGCAUCGAACCUGUUGACCAAACAGUUGGACUUUCUCAUUCUGUUCAAACUCCAGUCAACAUGGUCAACCCCCAAGCAAAUCUACCCGAAAUGUUAUCACAACUCCAGUUAACUGCUCAAGAUCCAAUGAAAGGGGUUAAUAACGAGACUAGAAAGAGAAAGCCAUCGAACGAAAACGAUCCGGAAGAUUUCGAGUUUGAUGAUGUUAAUGAUUCGUAUUGGACGGACAGGAUCAUCCAGAACCAUCCGGAAGAUUUGCAGCUGCAACCUGCGGUGGUGGUGCAUGAUAACAACCAAAACGGAGGUGUGGAGCAUCCACACCAGAUUGUAGCCUACGAAGAGAAACAAAAACCUGUGAAACAAAGCCGUAGGUCGAAUAAAAAACGGUUUUUUAGCAGCAAUCAUGAGAUUGAAGCAAAGGAGCAAUCAGAGCUUAUUGAGAGAAGAAGGUUAAAUUUGGCAACUGAGGUUUUAAUGAAGUUUACAGAGGGGAUUUACUUUCCUUCCGAGAUACACUUGAAUAAAAUGUUUAGAAGAUUCGGGCCUUUAAUGGAAUCAGAAACUGAAGUUGAUAGACAAAGUGGGCGUGCUAGAGUUGUUUUUAAAAAAUGUUCUGAUGCUGAAGUUGCUCAUAGUAGUGCUGGAAAAUUCAACAUCUUUGGUUCCAUUGUUCCGCUGAUGCAUGCUAGUAAUGGUGAGAUCAUGGGAAGUUCAUCAAAGUGGAUGGGUGUAACGGAUAGUGGUGAUGAUGUGCAAGAUAUGGAUGUAAGUUAUUUAGAGAAGUAAAGUAGGAAUGUUAAAUGUAUGAUUUUCUUGUUGCCUUGAAUAAGAUAGGUAUUAGGUGAAGAAACUAAACUUUAUUCUAAGAUUAGUUUUUAGUUUUUAGCAUGAGUUGUUAUUUAUAAGUCUGCUAAAAAUCCCAUUUAAUUACUGUUGUGUUGUGAUGGAUUGUAUCUUGUGGAAAACAUGUGUUUUUCUUGGGUGGGUUGUUUCUUUUUGACUUGAUCCGUAAAGAAGGGCUUAAUGGGUUAAGCCAUGAAAUACACAAGCAUUUCUUUGUUG